CGCCCUCCGUCCUUCCUCCCUCUCCGCCAUGGCUCAGGCGCUGGGAGCGGGGGAAAGCCGCCACCUCGGGGAGACCCCAAGCCCCGGUGAGGGGCACCCCCAAGCUGGAGGCGUCUGCCCGGAGCACGCCCUGGACCUGGCUUGGUUCUGUUGCACCGAGAGGCGGCUCGUCUGCGCCCAGUGUCCCGUCCAGGGCGGCUGCCGGGACCACCGGGUGCGCCCGUUGGCCGAGGAGGCAGCCGAGAGGAGGGUGAGCCUCGACGGGGAGGGCGCUGCUGGGGACGGGGCGGCUCUGUUAUGGGUAAUGUGGUAAAGCCCUCUCCCUCUCCACACACAUCCCCAGUCGAAUUUCCCUGCCGGGUAUUUGUAGAAUUAUUAAGAGUGCAUCUGAGCAUAUGCAAAGUGCAUUCCCUUUGCACCGCAUCACCACCUCCCAAAUGUCAGCAAAUGGGGAUUUUGGGCAUGCGGGAAGAGGCCCAAGGACACCAUUUCAGAGCUUUAAUCCCCAGUGGAGUUUUGUAUUUUAGAGCUGGUGCCAGCCUGGUUUCCAGUUUCCAGUGUAAAGUUGGCCAAUAAGCUCCUUCCUGGAACUCCCCAGGCCUGUUUUGGGGUGAGCUGGGCAGGGAUGCACUCUGCCCAUACUUAGAGGCAUAGUUUAUUCCCUUUCACACUGAAAGCACCAACGUAUGGAGGGAGGGGGAGAUUUCAGCAUCCUACUUUUCCCCUACUCGUUUUUUUUUGUUUAUUUGUUUCAGAACAAAAUAGUGGACGAGUGUGAAAAGCUUCAGCUCCAGAGUGCCACAAUUGCCAAAUUUGCCACAGAGGUGUUGCCAGAGAAGAAGAAGCGUGUUGUGGUAAUAAUGUGGUCUGGGGAGAAUUUGCAGCUGAAUUAUUAGCCCCCUAGUGCACAUAACUUUGGGGUCUCCUGCCCCAUCCAUAACAGCCUCCCCCAACUUGGAGUUCCCAGAUAUUCCUGGACUACAGCCUCCAUCAUCCACAGCCAGCAGUGAGCUAGAUCAGGGAUGAUGUGAGUUGUAGUCCAGCAACAUCGGAGGACCCAAGGUUGGCAGAGGCUGCUGUGUGAUAUCCCCCUCUGGUCCAGGAGCCAUUUUUCACAGGUGCAAUCUAGUGGGGCUCCUGUGCCUUUCGCAACCGCUGAACAGGCAGAAAUACACUAGGUCUAGCUUGACCCUGUGCCUGUUGGAUUUCCGUCUGCGAACUGCACCUGCUGGAUUGCUCCAUGUGUUGGGUAUUCUGGCAACCUAUGACCCUUGUUUGUGAGGUCUGCACUGGCUAUCAAUCAGGACACGUUAAAGGCUUUGGUGCAAACAGGCCCUAUACAGGUCAGGAUCAGGAUACUUGAAAUACAGAUGAUCUGUGAGAAAGUUCCUCCUUCAAGUUCAUCUGUCUGUCCCCCCCACCAAAAGAAACCAGUUACCUGCUGUGCAGUGACUCAGAGCAGCGCUUUCGGUGUAGCUGUCCCGUUCUGUGAAACAGCAUUCCUGUUGAGAUACGCCAGCUCUCUGCGCUUUCCGGAAACCAUGGGAGAUAUUUUCGCUCCAACUGGCUUUUCCUGCUGGACGAAACAGUCUCUCUGUCUCAGGUGUUAGUACUGAGUUUGUUUUAAAACCCAUUUUCUCCCUCUGUGUGUGUGGCGGCGGGGGGGGGGGGGUUGUACUGUUUUAAAUGUCAAUGAGUUGCCUUGAAACAUAGUCUUGGAUAUUAUUGGAAUUAUUAUUUAAUGUGGUGCAGCUGUUAAAGGCUUGAGAGCCCUGCUAGGGAAAAGGUAGCAACCGUCUCAGGCAGAUUCAACCUGUCCCUAACCUUGGUUAACAGGUGGGACUUGGAGAGUUGAGGGGGGGCUCUUCUUAAGGAGCCCCCUCCUGCCCUGUGACUGUGACUUAGGGGAUGAAACCAGCCUCUGGCAUGGGGACCAGAUGAUUCGAGGCAUAUGUGGGGCAGGAAUUUAUGUUUGAUUUCUGCCGGAGCCUGGAGACAAUGAAGCAGGUGAAGUCCAAAGAGUUGGCAGCUUUCCGCCCUCACACAGGAAUCUUUGGGAGGCUCCUUGUCCCAUUUUGGGGGUGGAGGUGUCACCCAGCCAAAGCUGGUUGCUGGGAUUCCCUUUGCUGUCCUUGUGGACCUUGCUGGGCUCUUAAGCUCGAGAGCAGAUGCAGGAAUCCUUAGCAGCAGGGCUGGACCAAGACAUUUUAUGGCCCCUGAGGCGAACCGCAAAAUGACGCCCCCCCCCCCACCAGAGAAGAAAGGGGGAGUAAAGUUCUACGUCAUGAACCAUGGAGGAGUGGUUGCUAAAAUUACUGGAUUUAGCUGAGAUGGCAAAGACUAGAAUUUUUAAUCAGAGAAAAGUCCUUGUCAACAUUUACUAAAGACUCAAAACGUCUUACAGACUUUUUGCAUGAAAAAGAGCUCAUGAUAUUUGGUUUUGAAGAUUGACUAUGUAAUGUUGGUUUGUAGAAAGUGGGUUUGUUGGGUGUAAUCUUGGAGUGGAUAUGUUGGAUAUUUUUCAUAUAUAGAUGACAGAUGAAGAUUCAAAAGUUCUCUUUUUUUCUUUUCCCCAGGCCUUUCCCUCCCCUUUCCCUUUUCCCUUUCUCCUUUCUCUGUCUUCCUGUCUGUUUCUCUCUCUCCUUUUCUGGUCUGUGUUUUUAUUUAGAUUACCGUAUUUUUCGCUCUAUAAGAUGCACCAGACCAUAAAAUGCACCUAGUUUUUGGAAGAGGAAAACAAGAAGAAGAAAAUUCUGAAUCCCAUAAGCCAGGACAGCAAGCGGGACCGCUGCGCAGCGAUCCCACUGGCUGCCCUGGCUGCCCUGGCUUAUGGGAUAGCCGCGCGCAGCCUCUUCCGGACAAGGGGAGCCUUCAUCCCCUGCCUGGGAGAGGCUGCGUGCGGCUAAGGCUCUCCCAAGAGCCGCGCUCCCUUUAAAGAGCACACGGAGCGUGUGUGCGGCUCUUGGGGGCUUUUCCCCGAGGGGGGAAAACCCCCAAGAGCCGCACAAACGCUCCACGCGACUCUUUAAAUGGAGCGCUGAGCAGAGCCUCCCGCCUGCAUUCGCCCCAUAAGACGCACACACAUUUCCCCUUACUUCUUAGGAGGGGAAAAGUGCGUCUUAUAGAGCAAAAAAUACAGUAGCUUUUUGGUACAAAGAUAUUUGAUAUUAAUUUUUAAAAAUGUGCUGCCCCUGUGGAUCUUGCCGCCUGAGGUGGCCGCCCCACCUUGCCUCAUGAGUGUGCCGGCCCUUAGCAGUGAACAAAGGCAGGGCUUAUCUUCUUCUGUAUGUUUGAAAUGCGUCAGUGAACCACCGGCAGGCUUACGAAAAGGAAAGAAGUUCCUGCAGCCCAUUGUCUCUGCAUAACCACAGCCUUUGUGGCCUAUGACUCCCUUGUGGGAAGUUUUGUUUUCGGGGAGCUCUGCCCUGACUCUCUCCAUGGGAAAGUCUGUCUGGCUUGACAUGCAGACAUUUCCCAGGCCCCAUCUCCAAUGGCACCUCCAGUUUAAAAGUGGGGUGUCAGAAAGCAGGUGGUUGGGAAAGACCCAGUCCAAAGAGAAGACCUGGUACAGCUCAGUCAGUAGAGCAUGAGACAGUUAAUCUCAGGGUUGUGGGUUCGAGUCCCACAUUGGGCCAAAGAUUACUACAUUGCAUGGGGUUGGACUAGAUGACCUGCUUGGUCCCUUAAAGGUAAAGGGACCCCUGACCAUUAGGUCCAGUCGUGACCGACUCUGGGGUUGCGGCGCUCAUCUCGCUUUAUUGGCUGAGGGAGCCAGCGUUUGUCUGCAGACAGCUUCCAGGUCAUGUGGCCAGCAUGACUAAGCCGCUUCUGGAGAACCAGAGCAGCACACGGAAAUGCCGUAUACCUUCCCACCUAUUUAUCUACUUGUACUUUGGUGUGCUUUCGAACUGCUAGGUUGGCAGGAGCAGGGACCGAGCAACGGGAGCUCACCGCAUCAUGGGGAUUCGAACCGCCAACCUUCUGAUCGGCAAGUCCUAGGCUCUGUGGUUUAACCCACAGCGCCACCCGCAUCCCUUGCUUGGUCCCUUACAACACUACAAUUCUAUGAUUGAUGAUGAUGGGAACUGUAAUGCUGCUCCCCACACGGGGCUUGGGUGGGCUGGUGUCCCAACCUUGGGUCGUGCAGCUUCCCAUUUCACCUUGUCCUCCUUUCUCAGACUGUGGCCAGCAGUGCCCGGGAGGUCCUGAUCCAGCGCCUGAACGUUGUGAGGACUGUGUGUGAGAGCGAGGAGCAGCGGCUGCUGGAUGUGGCCCACUCAGAGGAGGAGCGUGCCCACCAGAACAUCCUCACCCAGCAGGUCCACUGGAACGAAUCACUACGGAAACUGGACGCCCUCCGGACUUACAUGGUGACCAUGAUCACCAGCACAGAUGAUGGUGGCCUGGUGGUAAGCAUUGGCGAUUGGUCCCAAGUGAGGCUCACCCUCGCCUCGCAGUUUGCAUGUGCUCGGUUUAUGGGUUUAUCUCUCACUUAUGGUGAGCUGUGAAAUGGACAGAGAUAUAAAUGUUUAUUCUCCAUUCUUUGGCUCAUAGUCGACAGGCAUAAGCAACUCGUGAAUUUUGGGAAGCUCCAACAAAAUGACAAUUACACAAGCAUGCCCUUAAAAAUGCAGUAUCAAAGCAGAAAUCAGUUUUAAAGCCUUUUCUUUAUUUUAAAGAUUGUGUUGAAUUAUAAAAGGUGAAAGAGCUUAACAAAUGCAUACCUCCAUAAAUAAUUUUUUCCCCAGAGACGAUUUCAACCGCAAUAGAAUUAAACCUUGGAUGCCCAUCAAAAAGUUCCUUCCCGCUUUUUUGUUUAUUUGGUUUAUGUCGUAAAUAAAAUGAUUGAAAAAACAACCUCAAAGCAGUUUACAAAAAGAUAAAGCAUGAAAAUUGAGGGGGGGGGGGGAGACCAAAAUAGUUUCUGACAGUGAUUUCAGGCUAUGGGAGUAGGAUGAAACUGCAGGGUGACACACACGUACCCUGGGUCGGUUGUAUGUGAUUUCCCCUUCAGUUGGCUACACUUAGCCCACCUACCAUAUCCACAUGAACCAAGGUUGGCUGUGAACUGCUUUUCAAAUCUGGUUCUAGACCUUGGUUAAGAGCAAGCCCUGCUUCACCUUAUCCAUGGUUAGCACGGCAUGAUGGCCAACCAUAGCUACGGCCAGUGGUGGCUGAUGCCUAACAGAAAUGGAAGGGCAGAAAGCAGGGAGCCACACAGUGGGCGGAGCCAGAGCCAGAAGGAGGAGGAGCCAGCUUGCUCUAGUUUUGCCCCCUCCUCUCCAUACUUCUGUUCCCUGCUGAGGUCCAAAGAAUCAGCACAAAGGCAGAGAAGGGAGCUGGUAGGCAGGGGCCCCUGCCACCCACUGCUAGACUGGAUGGGAGAAAGAAGACAGGCAGGCAGGCAGGGGCUGGCGGACAGGCUGAGGUUGGCAGGGCAGCCCCCCAGUCUGGCUAUGGGAAAAGUGGGUGGGGUGGGUGGAAGAAGUGAAGUCAUCUGUGGUUAAGGAAAGGGCAAUCAUAAUCAGUCUCUGGCUUCCUGCCUGCUUAUAUUGAAACUCGUCUUGAGAUUGUGGUCAAAUUGCAAGAGCUAAAAAUAAAACAAAAAUGUCAUCAUGUUGGGCUUUUCUUAAAAAAUUAAAAAGCUGCCAUGCUUCAGGUUUUUUUAAAAAAACAUUUUUAUUGAGUUUUACAUCAUUUUUAACAUAAUCACAACUAACAAUAUAAUCACAAAAUAAAUUUAUUUUGUGAUAUGCUUCAAUUUAUAGGAAGCUACUUUGUACAGUCAAACCUCGGCUCCCAAUCGCCUCCAUUUGGAACGUUUCGACUCCCAAAUGCCAAAAACUCAGAAGUAAACGCUUCACUUUUUGAACGUUUUUUGGAAGCUGAGCGUCCGACACGGCUUCCACUUGAGUGCAGGAAGCUCCUGCAACCAAUCAGAAGCCGCGCCUUGGUUGUCGAACAUUUCGGAAGCCAAACAGGCUUCCAGAAUGGAUUAUGUUCGACAACCGAGGUUUGACUGUACCAGGCCAGGCUUUGUGUCUGUUGAACCCAGUCAGGUGGGCUCUGUCUGGUAGCCCUUCUCUAGGGUCUCUCAGACCAAGGAGGGUCUUUCCCCUGCCCACCCUCAACUUGAGCCCCCCCCCUUUUCACUGCAGGGACCCUGGAGCUGAGCCAGGGCCCCUUUCCACUCUUUCCCUGGGGUUCCCAUCCAUGGCGUCAAAUGGACCUCCAUCUAUUUAGCAGUGGUAAUUUUCUGUUUUCAAAGAGGUCUUUUUAGUAACUUUCUCUCUCUCUCUCUCUUUCUCUGUGUGUCUAGCAGGCAGAGGAGGAAAUCUUUGAGAGGUGAGUGAAGACAUCUUUGAUUCCUACUUCUACCUCCCCCCACCUCAAAAAAAGCAAUAAGUAGGAGCAUAGGAACAUGGCAACAGGCCUGAGGAGCCUGACCAAAGGGGCUUCAUCCAGUCUCAACAAAAUAUUAAAAUCACAAUAAAACAUCAACCUUUAAAAACUUCCCUGUACAGGAGUACCUUCUGAUGCCUUCUAAAAUUCAUUUAGUUAUUUAUCUUAUUGACAUCUGACGGGAAGGCAUUCUGCUGGGCAGACACCACUACCGAGAAGGCCCUUUGCCUGGUUUCCUGUAACUGGCCUUUUAUUUCUACUCUCUGCUUCUUGUUCCUUAACUAACUGCCGAGAUGUAAGAUCUGUCCUCCUGUUUCAGGACAGCUGUUUGCUCAGGCACCCCUGGUGGUUUUGAUACCGCUGUCUAGAUUCCCACCAACACUCUGAAAUAACUCUAAAGGGGAGUCAGACAGGACUUACUUGUGCAGAAGCCAUGCUGAUUUACCUUCAGCAAGACCUGUUCUUCCCUAUGUUUCCUAAUGUUGCUGCUGAUAAUGCUUCCAGAACUGGUAUCAACUGGCCUGCACUUUUUUUGGAUCUCUUUAAAAGAAAUGUUUUAUAUUGUUAGGCUCAACAGCAGUUUCACACUCUGAGUUGUUUAAGAACUCUUCAGAUGGAAUCUGUCUAGAUUGAAUGAUUUAUUUGUUUUUAAUUUGUCUAGGAUGUCCUCUCUUGCAUCUCUUUGCCUUUCUGCUCUCUCAAUAUCCUCCUCUGUCAGCCCUUUAAUUCCCUUCCUACCCAGUGGGUCAAGUGCCUCCCUAGUGGGCUUUCUGCUUCUGAUGUGUUUUUCUAAAAUGCUGUAAAUGUAUUUUGUGCUAUUAAAAGCACUUUCCUCAUUGCCUCCUUCCAGUGUGUGUGUGUGUGCAAGUUUGUGUUUCUUUCUGUUCUACUCCUUUGGGCAAGCUUUUGUCCACAGGCCUGGUGGGAAAGCUAUUGUUUCCCUCCUUUCUGUUCUUAUUUUUAUCAUGUGUUUUGUGUUUUUUAUAUUGUAAUUAUAUGUUGUGAACUGCCCUGAGAUCUACGGGUAGAAGGCGGUCUACAAAUUUAAUGAAUAAAAUAAAAAUAAAUACAGUGGUACCUUGGGUUAAGUACUUAAUUCGUUCCGAAGGCCCGUUCUUAGCCUGAAACUGUUCUUAACCUGAAGCACCACUUUAGCUAAUGGGGCCUCCUGCUGCUGCUGCGCCGCCAGAGCACAAUUUCUGUUCUCAUCCUGAAGCAAAGUUCUUAACCCGAGGUACCAUUUCUGGGUUAGCGGAGCCUGUAACCUGAAGCGUAUGUAACCCAAGGUACCACUGUACCCUAAAGAGCUAAGGAUACUGAUAUAUAUUGUACGUAAUAUUGUAUUUUACUGGGAAUGAAUUGAAAAGUGGUACGUUAAAACUAACCCCAGUUGCUUCUGUUGUGUUGGUUUAGGACAGAGGAAGCUGAAGGAAUCCUGAAGCCCCAGGAGUCAGAAAAGCUGGACUUUAACCCAUGGUGCCUCCAGAGUCCAUUAGUGAGCCGGCUAUGGGCCUUAGCUGUUCUCCGUCGGGCCUCAGGUCAGUGUCUUUCCCUUGUGGGGUGGGGGUCGUUAUCCAGGCCACCUCCACCUGCCUUCCAGGUUUGCUUUUGCUGCCUUUCAGUUGGCUACGUUCCCAACACCUUUCUGCCGAGUUUGUGGUGACCAGUUUCUUUCUCCACCCAGAACAGAUGAAGUCCACGUGGAUGAGAAAACAGUCAGCCCCCUCUUGCAGCUUUCGGAGGACAAGAGAACGCUGACCUUCAGCCCCAAGAAAAACAGCAGGCCCGACCCCGGUGGCCCGGCACGGUUUGACCACUGGCCCAACGCCUUGGCCGAGGAAUCGUUCUGUUCGGGGGUCCAUGCCUGGAGAGUCCGGGUGGCCAAAAGCGGUGCUUACAAGCUGGGCAUCUCCUAUGGCUCCCUGGAGCGCAAGGGGGCUGGGCCCGAAGCCCGCCUGGGUUGCAACGCUUCCUCCUGGGUUUUCUCCCGCUACGGCAGCGAGUUCCAGUUUUCCCACAACGGCCGACACCAGGCAGUGGAGAUGCUCAAGUGCCCGGCUGAGAUUGGAGUAUUGGUGGACUUGGAUGCUGGAGAGGUGCUGUUUUUUGACCCGGAUUCUUGUGCCAUUCUGCACAUGCACCACGAAGCCUUUGCCGGCCCCAUCUACCCAGCCUUGGCCGUGGCAGAUCAGAGCCUCUCUCUGAUGUGAGGAGAGCCAACACUGCAAGGUUGUUAUUUCCUAAAGCUGAAUGGGGCUGGAUCACCUUAUAUUCUAGCAAGAUGAGCACUGUGGUUCCGGCAGGACGAUGCCAACUUGUGCCAGGAAGCGAGAGGGCUUUGCUCUGGGGCAACUCACGGGCUGUCUCUGGCUCUGCGUUCAGAGCAGAUGGGAGCUGCAGUUUGCAGCUAAGUAUCUUACCAGAGGAGGCCAUGACGGAGUCAGUGACAGGGGCUGAAAGGCUUGGCUUGGGAGGGACAUUCCACCUGCUCCAAGAUGGUCAUUCUCAGUCUUAUUUAGCCUUAGCACUGUGCCACCACGAGUCCAGUCAGAAAAGACAAUUGUACUGUACUAGUCCCUGAGGGGAAAGGGACAGAGCCAGCAAUUAAAAAAAAAAUCUGACUAGGAAAAGAGGAUUCUGCAACCUGUGCAAAUUACAUAAUGGAUGGAGCAUGUUGCUGCUUUUUUGUCAUCACCGAAUGUUAUAAUUAUGAAUGUAAAGCUACUGUUUAAAUACUAGAAUUGUGAAUUUAAAGCUGCAUAAUUUAAAGCUACCGUUUUGCACAUUCCCCCCCCCACCCCAUUUUUGCUGGGAACCUCAGUCCAGUUUGCUGAGAAUCUCAUUCAGUCUUCCUCAAACCGACACCAGCACGUUCGGUGAUUUUGGCAAGCCCGUUCUCUUCCCACAUACUUUCUAGCAUACCUUUCUGACCAUGAGGGGUAGAAACUUGUUUUUCUUCUUAAAAUGUGUUAUUCUCAGGAAGCUGAACCAUGCAGAAUGUUGCAUAGCAUUCUUGUUUUUCUGUCAGACUGUGGCAAACACACAGCACGGGGCAAUAAAAUGGGAGAUCCUAGAAUACUGUAAUAGAAGGGUAGAAUUUGAAAGGGACCCAACGGUCAUCUAGUCCAACCCCCAGCAAUGCAAGAAUCACAACUAAUC